AUGGCUGCUACUGCAAAAUCCGCCGUUUAUUUGCUGCUUAUUAUGUCAUGCUUUUGCACACUUUCGAUGGUGAAGGGUAAUCCCCUCGGGAUUUGCCGAUUCGACAAAAUCUUUCAGUUAGGAGAUUCGAUUUCGGACACCGGAAAUUUGAUCCGUGAGCGACGGGUGGGGCCCGCCACGGUCUACGCACGCCUACCCUACGGCCAAGACUUCUUCCACAGGACACCCACCGGCCGUUGCUCCAAUGGUCUUCUCAUGAUUGAUUUCAUAGGUAUUAUAUAUAACGUUCCAUUAUGUUCUUCAUUAAUAUUUCUUGUUGGCCGGGUUUAG